AGAGACGGCAUGCUGCGUGAAGCUACGGACGAGUUGUAAACAGAGCGGUUUUCACGACAAGACUGAGCUGAAAUGGCUCCGACAGAUCAAAAAAUGAAGAAUAAGAAGUUUGCAGCGAAAGAUGGCAACUCGAAGAAACCCAAAAAUACCGCACAGGGUGUGAAAAAGAAGAGAAAAUGGACCCCCGAGAAUAAAGUAUUCGAAGGCAGCGUUAAGGAAGGUCAAGGGUUUGCGUUCAAGAGGAAACAGAAAGUCCAACAUGAGUACAACAAGCUGCUGCGGAAAGAGAAGAAGAAGAAGAACCCCGAGUCCACGAUGCUGUACAAGGAGGAGUAUCCAGAACACCUCCGGCAUCUGUACGUGGCAGAGGCAGAGAAGCUGAAGAGUGAAGCCUGGGCGAACAGAGUGAACAGGAGUAAACUGCGAAUGAAACGACAGGAGAAAGAGGUGCCUGAAACUGAACCUUCUGCACAGCCGACUGAAGCCGCUGACGCCGAAGUCACGGGCGGAUCUGAGCUGAUGGAUUCUGUGUCUGGGAAUCCAGAAGAAACGGCAGCUUCAGAGAAAGAAAGUCUACCGAUGAGCAACCGCAUGAGGAAGAAGAUGGAGAAGAAGACAUCCUACCAGAAGACCAAAGAGGAAUUUGAGAAUAUGAGGGAAAAGCGGAGAAAGAAGAAAGAGGAGUUCCUGAAGAACAAGCAGCAGAGAGAAGAAGCCAUUCAGAAGUACAAACAGAAAAAGAUGGAGACGUAUCAGAUGCUGAGCAAAAAGACUAAAAAAGGACAGCCGAACCUGAACCUCCAAAUGGAAUAUUUACUUCAGAAGAUCCAAGGACCUGGGAAAUCCUGAAUCAGACCUGAUGAUGGAAAAUGCUGUUUGAGUGUCCUAUUUAAAACCGAAUGAGGUGCGUCAGGAUUGGGCCUUUACUGUGGUAAUCCGACACCAAACUUUCACAUCUAUAAUGAGAGUUUUUUUGUAUUGUGGUCCAUAAAAGCUAAUGUUGCAGGUCAUUUUAAUCCCACACCACAAGGUGGCAUUGUAACAUAUGAAGAGACCAGAGAGGAGGCUGAUGCAUUUUUAUGAAUUAAUGCAAUAUUCUUGUAAAGUGCUUUUAUUUUGAAACGGGCAAUAAAUACUACUAAAAGCAAAUGGACAUAACUGAAACUAAUCUUUCAUUAAUUUAGCAACAGACAAGUUUUUCUUUUAUUAGCAAGUAGACACGCUUAUAAAUCUGUAGUUUUGCUUUUCAGUUUUGAUGUUAAUGUGCAAGCGGUUUCUAAUAAAACUGUCAGUAAGACAUUAACACUCAA